AUGUGGGUUUUGUUUGCCUCAGUGUGGGUAUUGAGCAUCACAGCUGUAGUAGGUAUAGUAAGCCUUGAAUUUCUGCAAAUAAAGGAUAAGUGUAUAUAAAAAUAGUUAUAUUAUAGGUGGAUGUAUUAAGUUCUCAGCAAGCUAGCAGGGCACUUGUCUGUGUGUCGUGAUCGGAUUGUCGCCCUGUGUAAAGGAAUCCAAGACAGUCUUGGAUCCUGGAUUCCACGCUGUGGAUUCCGGAGGCCAGGUACUGGAUUCUAGUCUUUGUCAGUGGAGCUUGGAUUCUUGAUUCCAAUCGUUCGUGGAUUCCGGAUUCCUUGAGCUGUUUUCCAGAUUCCAAAGCCCAGAAUUCCGGAUUCUAAGAGUAAAAUUUUCCCGGAUUCCGGAUUCGAAAAGCAAAAAUUUCCCGAAUUCUGGAUUAGAUGAGGCGAAAAUUGUUUUGCGAGAUUUGGGUUAUAGAUAUCGUUAUCGUUAUAGUUAUCAUAGUGAUGGGCUCCUGCAGUAACGUUAUCAUUUACAUCAUUAUUUUAUUACUUUUCAGUUGAAACAAGCUUCACCACAAGACCUUCUAACCAAAUAGUCAUCGAGAAUACUACUGUAACAUUCCACUGCAAUGCCACAGGAGACCCAACACCAAAGAUAACAUGGACCAAGGACGACAAGAUACUAGGAGAGGGAAACACGCUGAUAUUUGUGGCUUAUAGAAAUCAGUCUGGACAAUACAAGUGCACAGCAGACAGUGGUAGAAAUUUAACUAUCAAUGCGAGUGCCUUUCUCGAUGUUCAGUGUAAGUAGUGCAACAUUUAUUACCAGGACACGAUUAGUAAAACAAAUUAUUUUCCCUGGAAAGCCUGUUCUAAAAAUAAUUCUUCCCGGGAAAGGUGGGGGGAUGGGGGGGNUAGAAAUCAGUCUGGAGAAUACAAGUGCACAGCAGACAGUGGUAGAAAUUUAACUAUCAAUGCGAGUGCCUUUCUCGAUGUUCAGUGUAAGUAGUGCAACAUUUAUUACCAGGACACGAUUAGUAAAACAAAUUAUUUUCCCUGGAAAGCCUGUUCUAAAAAUAAUUCUUCCCGGGAAAGGUGGGGGGAUGGGGGGGAGGAGGUUACUCCCUUAUAUGGCCUAUACGGCGAUGUACCGCUGGACAGGGUAUGGUUUUUGUCCUCUCUGUCCUAAACAGGGUAUAUGAUUUCGUGCUAGUCUGUCCUAAACAGGUGUAAAAUUUCCUGCGUGUAUAUAACCAGGUGUAUAAUUUCGUGUGAAUCCGUCUUAAUUACAAUCAGGGUAUUGUCUGCUGCAUAUGAUUGAUUUGAUUUGCUUGAUGAAGUUUGUUGGUACUCCAGUGUACAAAAGCAUUGACUAUUACGUGUAUUUGCUCUAUUGUAAUUGCCAAUAAAAGGCUUUAAAACAAGACUGCGUGCAUUUUGCUGUUUGUCCAAAACAAGGUAAUAAAAUUGAUGGUGUUGUUGACCUAAACAGGGUAUGUAUCUUGAAUUUUUUAGUCCCAGAGUGUGUCAGGGUUUCAAACCCUCAGCGGCUCACGUCGAUUACCCCAACCCCCUUCCCUCGGGUUUUCACAGCACUAUUUAACUUGGACUUUUUUAAAAUUGUGCGUUACUUAUAAAUUUAUUGAUUUAUUUGCUCUCGUAGUUCCACCAAGUUUCACCUCAGAACCAACGGAUCAGACAGUCAUUGAAGGCGAGACAGUAACAUUUCAUUGCGAUGCAGCUGGCAACCCUCCUUUAGAAAUAGUGUGGAUUAAAGAUGGGAGGACUGUUGAUCAAGGGCAGGAGUUGAGCUUGCAAGCCUCGCGAGAACUUUCGGGAAAGUACUGGUGUUCUGUGCAAAAUGGUUUGGGCAUCAGCGUCAAUAUUAGUGCUCAACUUGAUGUCCAGUGUAAGUAGAAUUGUAUGGGUCAUUAAAUGCAUGUAGCCCGUUUGUCCCCAGCGAAGAGGGAUCAGCGGUGGCCGUAUUCGUGCAGUAACCAGAGCACCCUUUUUUGACACAUUCAUACGCGAACAUAGUUUCUUGAAUCGAUGAUACGGGGAAAGGGGAUAAGCCUAAUUUCCUGGCACAACUUGACUAACAUUCAGGAGGAACUCGAACGAGUGCAAGUCGUGAAAUACGUAAGGCCGGAGGAAAAAUAUGAAAUGGUAGCAAUGUCAAACCUUCCAGUCAUUUCGAUGGUUGUUGGACAGAUGACGUCACUUUUGGCCUAAAAUGGUGUUACAGUCAAAGCAGGUCAAGCGUACCCCCCAAGAUUCUAAUAAUGAAUUGAUUAUUUGAAAAAUGAAUCCGUUAGUGGUUCCCGUAUCUUUUGUCAAAUUCAAAUCGGCAUUUCUGCAUGCGUAAUGAGCAGUGAAUAUCUAACGAGAACUUCUCUGUAUUAUGUCAGAUUGAAAAUCUUUGAAUAGAUUAUAUUUCUUAGAAGAUAUUUACAUCAAUUUCAGGGAAACUGAGCGGGUAGAAAUUUCGUAACUGCCUCGCGUGUGAAUUCACGGCUCAUUACGCAUGCAAGAAUGCAGAGAUGAAUCUGAAAUCUACAACUACCAACGGAUUCAACUUUUGAAUAAUAAAUUCAUUAAUGGGAUCUUGGGGGGUACGCUUUACCUGGCUUGACUGUAACGAAAAUAUCAUGCGUUGUAUCUAACCAAUGCUAAAUGAUCUCUUUGUAUCCAAGCAUACUAGAAAACGAGAAUGCUGACCUCUAUCAUUUUUCUCAUGAAUCUAUUUGUUCCAGUUCCACCGACCAUAAUAUCAGCACCUAAAGACGAGACCAUAAUGGAAGGUGCCUCAGUAACAUUCCACUGUAAUGCCACAGGAAACCCACCCGCCAGAAUAACUUGGAUCAAGGAUGGCAAGACUGUAUCCUCAGGAAAUGUACUGACUUUCAACACCUCUAGAAAUCAGUCUGGGGAAUACUGGUGCACUGCUGAAAAUGGCUUAAAUUCAACAGUUAAUGCAAGUACCAGUCUCGACGUACAAUGUAAGUAUUAAUUUUAAUGCUCUGGAAAAACGCAUUGAGCAAGGUAGACUGUCUAGCAGGCAGGUGCUUCGAGAAAAAAACGGGUUGCACGAAGGAGACACGCAAUGCAACACGCGUGUCUCCCUCGCGCGCCCGUUUCCUCUUGCGCACGUGACUUAGGUCUCCUUCCGAUCGCCUGAUACGAAGGAUAUGGGACAGGCAAAAAUUUUAAAUAGGGAUGGUUGAUACCACUUUCAUUGAAUUCCUAUUUUGUUUGUUUAUAGUUCCACCAAAGAUAAUCUCACGGCCGUCCAAUCAGACAGUCCUUGAAAAUGAGGAGGUGAAAUUGCACUGUGCAGCCAUUGGUAAUCCAAUUCCAAAAAUAUUAUGGAUAAAAGAUGGAAUAACUAUCGGCACUGGAGAAAACCUGAUGUUGAAAGCAUGGCGGAAUGCCUCUGGAACGUACACUUGCAUGGCAAAAAAUCUUCUGAAUGCAACUGAAAUUUCUAACGCUCAUAUCGAUGUACAAUGUAAGUACAAAUAA